GCGGAGGCGCCGGCGCGGGCCGUGGGCGCAGCGGCGGCAGCUGCGGCGGCCCUGGCCGACCACAUCGUGCAGGACGUGGCGGACCCGGCCGUGCUGCAGCCCGCGGCGCUGGAGACCAUGUCGGUGCGCGGGGCGCCGCGCGGUGCGGCCGGCUUCCACGUGCUGGCCACCUUCUGUGGACACCUGCAGCUGGCGCACCCGCAUUCGCCGCAGGCCGCCGCGCCCGCGCCGCUCGUGCGCUACGGAGAUGAGAUCGUUCAGGUGGGCGGCUGCUGUGUGAUCGGCUGGAGCGCGGGUGAGGUUCAGCGCGCGUGCGAGCGGGGCGGCGCCCGCGGCGGCGAGCUGGUGCUGCGCGUGCGCCGCCGGGGGGCGCUGCCCCUCCCCGCGCCUGCCGCGCCCAACGUGCGCCCGCAGCGACCGCACAGAUACGAGGGUGAAGCGCCGCAGCCCAGGCAGCCCGCGCCGACGGCGGCCAAGGCCGACUCCUCGUCCGACGAGAGCGAGCCCAUCUCGCCGCCCGCCUCGCCCACGACGCCCACCUCGCGGGCGCACCUCGACACGGCCAGGUUGUACGGGCCACGGCCGCGCGUCUCGUCGCAGCGGCGCCACUCGGUGAGUUGCGGCACUCCGCGCGCCCGACGCUCGCACCUCGCCAUACAGCAGUUUUGGCAGGAGCUGCGGCAACACCGCGACCGCGGCACCACACCUGAGGACGAAUCGGACGACGCGACCUUAUACCGACGCGAUAAGGCGGUUUCGUGUAGCACGGGGCUGCAACUGUCUCCCCGACCUCGCACGUGCCUCGGAAUGACGUCACCCGUACGCAACCAUGUGCCCCCCUCGCCACCCACAGAGCCACCCAGGGGCAAACUUGACAAGAGUCACUCCACGCCCGCUUACGAGCUCGACACAAACUCAACACUCGCCCCCCUCACGGAUCAUCCCAUCCCUGAGUCCCCCACGACUCCACCUGUGCAUAAAAGUAAUAGCAAGAUUAAGAAAAGUGACGAAGUAGAACUGGCGUCAAAUAGAGAAGUGCUCAGCGAGGUGGAAGGAGAGGCGGGGGGCGUGGAGACGACGAGUAAACUCGCCGACAUCCGACAUAUCGACGACGAUGACGUGCCCGAGACCGUCAACCUCGUGCUGGCGGCGGACGCGGCGCCGGACUGCGGCCGAAGAGCCCCCCGGCCGCGCAUCACCGAGCGGUGGAGGGCCGGCGAGGUGCCCCCCGAGCCGCCCCCACGCGCCCCGCCACGUGCAGCGCCCCCGCCGCCGCCCGACCGCGCUCGAGUCCCCCUGCCACGCCUCGCGUCCUCGCCCGACGCACAGAGUCCGUCGAAUUCAGCGGCAGUGCGUGCGACGUGGGAAGUGCUAUCGUGUGGCGUGGUGGGGGGCGGGGGCGUGGGCCACGCCUCCCCCCCUCGUGAGGCUGCGGCACACUACCCCGCGCUGAGGAUGAUCCCGCGCCCACUCGACACACCGCUCAAACCGCUGCGGCUGCCAGACCCGACGCAGCUGUCGCCCGCGCGGUCCCUCACCAAGCACGACAUCAAGGUGCUGGGCGCAGACCGCCGCGAGCUGCCCGCUAUCAACGGUUCGCCCGAGCCGCCGUCCCCCGCGCCCCCCGCGGCCCCCGCGCCCCCCGCGCCCGCAGACAUCGUGGCGUGCGCACGUGACGCGCAGGCGGCGGACGCGCUAGCACUGUCGCCCACUGCGAGCGCCGUCCGCGGCAUCUUCCCCUCGUCCAAGUCCAGGAGUCUCAAAAAGAAGAACUCCAUAUUAGCGAGUACUCGGCAUCAAGUUAAAAAAGUAGUAACUGGUAAACCCAACAUUAAAAUUAAUAAUGAACAAAUAGAGAGGGACGCGCACCAAUAA